AGGUGCCAUGUUGGAACUCCAAGAAGCACGUGCACUUCCGGUGCGCGCGCGUGCUUCCUGGAGUUCCAACAUGGCCGCUGAGCAGAGCGUAACGACGCGCGAGAGGAAGAAAUGGAAAAUUGAUGGCGAUGAGGCCAAAGCGAGCAUCAGCAACAACAGUGAGCAGGACACACGGACCAACCUGGCAGUUCCUUUCCGGGGUCACAUCACGGGUGGGUUGCACCCGGGGAGGAAGGUGGUCAUCGUGGGCGUCGUGGACUCCCAUCCUGACAAGUUCUACGUGGCCUUGACGUGUGGGCGGUGUACGCAGGACGGGGAGCCCCCGCCACAUGUCGCCCUGGAGAUGUGCGUGUGCUUUGGGGGGGGGCAGCACCAAGUGCUGCGUCGGGCCUGCGUGGCCGGCGCAUGGAGCCGCGCCGACAGCGCCGUCCCCUUCUUUCCUUUCAUUCGAGGGCAACCCUUCAAGAUGGAAGUUCAGUGUGAGUUGGGACGCUUUCGAGUCUUUGUGGACGGGCAGAAGCUUUUUGAUUUCCAACACCGAGUGGCACCACUCCACCUGGUGGACACGCUGUGGAUCAAAGGCAGCAUCGCCAUCACCAAGCUGGGCUGAAGGCGGUGCCGCCGCUGAGGGAGGACAUGGACAUUGACAUUGACAUUGACAUGGACAUUGACAUUGGCAAUGGCUCCGGACACACCCCUGGCCAUUUGAUUAGGUACACCACCUCUUUAACGCGGUAAGCUACAGCUGAUUUCUGUUUGGGUCAUAUGCUCACACCCUCGACCUUAUUUUGACCUUUGUCACCAUGCUAGGGGGCUACAUGUUGGCCUCACAAAGGUCACCUAUUUGACAAUAUUUCAAGGUUUGAACAUACAGUGGUGCCUCGAGGUACAAGUUGAACUCCUUCUGUGACCAUGCUCAUAUCUUGAAUCAUCUUUCCCCAUUAAAAUGAAUGGAAACAUUUUAAAAUCAUACAGUAAUGAUAUCAUUAAAUAGAAUGUAAAGAAUUAGACGGUCACACUUUUUGCUUCAAUUCAAAGGACAUUGUGCUGCUCCUUCUGGUGUGAGCGCCUUGGUUACCGGGUAAUGCAGACGUACGAUAGACAUAGAGACUCCUCAUUCCUCGGUAAACCACAGUAAUAUUUGUCAUUCUUUGCAGAGGACAAACAUAUAUAUAUGCCUAUGAGUAUUGUGAUAUUAUCUCACUACAUUUGCUGCUUGAAGCAUUAUUAUACUGCCACAUACAUAAGCUUUCACUAUUUGUUAGCCCGUCUAUGGCGUUUCCCAGUUUUUGUCAGGCCAUGUUAUUGUUUUAAAUACACGUGUAAUUGUCUUUGUGUGACGCAGACGCUCUAACCAGUCGUCCACCGUGCCGCCAAAUGUCAAACAAUGCGUCAAAUUGUCAUGUUAGUCAUGCAUGUUGUCGUGUGCUAAUAUGAGGAUGUUGCCCUUCACUGUACCUAUUAAAUGAUCCAUACGGUUAACUAUAGAUAUGUGCGUAUACAGUCGUAUAGUGCUAGAUAAAUACACUAUUUUUAAAUAUUUUAUUGCCUUUAUAAAUGUCAUUCUCAUUGUAAAAACAAUGAUGUGUGCUGUUUAUGAAUAUUUGUAAUCAUGCAAUUCACAACAUGGCUACCUGGUGUUAUUCUGUAAAUAAGAUCAGUCAUUGAUGAAAGAUGAUAUGACUACAGUUUUCAUGUACAGUAUUGUUUUUUUCUUCAUGCUAUUGUUUCUGACCAAUCAAUGUUUAUGCUGCUACAUUGUGAGUUAUGUAAAACAUUUUCAUUGAAUAAUUGCUUAAUUACAUGAAAUAAAAAACAAUUUAAAUAAAUUCAUGAUUAUAAUCGAUUUUACAUAUACAUUUAACAGUUUUAUUUCCAUCCAUCCAUUUGCCGUACCGCUUAUCCGCACAAGGGUCGCGGGCGGGCUGGAGCCUAUCCCAGCUAUCUUCGGGCGAGAGGCGGGGUACACCCUGAACUGGUCGCCAGCCAAUCGCAUGGCACAAAUAAACAAACAACCAUUCCCACUCGCAUUUACACCUACGGGCAAUUUAGAGUCUUCAGUUAACCUACCAUGCAUGUUUUGGGAAUGUGGGAGGAAACCAGAGUACCCGGAGAAAACCCACGCAGGCACGGGGAGCACAUGCAAACUCCACACAGGCGGGGCCGGGAUUUGAACCCCGGUCCUCAGAACUGUGAGGCAGAUGUGCUAACCAGUCUGUCUACCGUGCCACCAACAGUUUUAUUUAUUUCACAUAUUUGGUUAAUUCAUUGUAAUUGUACAUUGAAAAUACAUUGAGUUCGAUUUUUUUUCAUUCUAAGAUAAAAAUAUUUUACACAUUUAAGUGAUGUAUUCGAACCAAAAAAAAAAAGGUUGAUCCAUUAUAAUGACAAUGAUAAAUAAUAAAAUACAUAUUUUCAAAUACAGAUUGAGAAACGUAGUGGGUCGCUUUUUAUUAAUUAAUUAAUCUCAUUAACGUAUUUAAUUGUUAAUACAAUUAAUGAGCUGGCCCAUCCUUCAGCUUUAAAAAAAAAACGACUACUCAGUGGGCUGCAUUCAAGCUGGGAGCGCGGGCUGUCUACGUUGCAGUUACGUCACAUUCAUGUACGCCUUAUUUACGUUCAAACCACUCAAAUUCUCAUGUAUGUUGUAUCUGUACUGUACUGUACUAUUUACAGUAUCAUCCCUGCGCCCUCAGAUUGGCCAUUUGAGACUUCACUCUCUCCUCUUUCUAUACUGUAACAGCUUCAAAACUCUGCACCUCCUGUAUGGCAAAUGUGCAGGGAGCUAUGGUGUAUUUUGACUGAAGAAGGAGAUUUGUUAGUUUAUGUGUGAUUGUAUUAUUGUUACUGUUUUGUGUAAGGUGCUUUGUUACAGCU